CACUCCACUAUAUAAAUGCACGUCCAUCCUUUAACCCUUCACUCACACAAUUUACAAAAAAAGAAAAAAAGUCACACGCAUGCAUAAGAAAUGAGCUUCAGGGCCUUGUCAGUUUUCUCUUUGUUCUUAUCCUAUGCACUCCUAGGUUCAGCUGAGCAGUGUGGAUCGCAAGCUGGUGGUGCCCUGUGCCCAGGAGGCCUAUGUUGUAGCCAAUGGGGUUGGUGUGGCAGCACUGAUGAAUACUGCAAAAACGGUUGCCAAAGCCAGUGCAACGGAGACGACGAUGAUGACGAUGACACUGGCGGUGACACCGGCGGUGGACUCGCUGAUAUAAUAACAAGAGAAAUAUUUGAAGAGAUGCUUCCAUAUAGAAACGAUCAGCGUUGUCAUGCCGUUGGCUUCUACACCUAUAAUGCUUUCAUAGCGGCUGCAAAGACUUUUCCUGCCUUCGCUACAACUGGCGAUGAUGCCACUCGUAAGAGGGAAGUUGCUGCUUUCAUGGGCCAAACUUCCCAUGAAACUACUGGUGGACCAGGUUGGGAUGCACCCGGUGGUCCAUAUUUGUGGGGAUACUGCUACAAUAAGGAAGUAAACCCCGCUUCAGAUUACUGCGAUUGGACAAACCUAGAAUACCCUUGUGCAUCUGGUCAGCAAUAUUAUGGCCGGGGUCCCAUACAACUUUCUUGGAACUACAACUAUGGGCCGUUUGGAGCAUCCGUAGGGCAGAACCUGUUACAAAACCCAGACCUGCUAUUAAGCAAUAUUACACUUUCCUUCGAGUCAGCAUUCUGGUUCUGGAUGAGUCCACAACCGCCAAAGCCUUCUUGCCAUGAGGUGAUAACCGGAGAAUGGACACCUUCAGCUAGCAACGUGGCGGCUGGCCGGCUUCCAGGAUAUGGUGUGAUCACAAAUAUUAUCAAUGGCGGCAUUGAAUGUGGUAAGGGUUCGAAUGCGGCGGUAGAGGACCGCAUUGGGUUCUAUAAGAGGUAUUGUGACAUGCUUGGAGUUAGCUAUGGUGACAAUCUUGACUGCUACAACCAGAGGCCUUUCAAUGAAGGACUUUUGGUGGGGUCAAUGUAGCUUUAGUGUCAAAUGAAGACGUUGGUAGACGUUAAUGAUGUUAUAACUAGAACGGUGAUCUGAUCCGACCUAGCGUGUUGGAUUUGCUGUGGCACUCUGUUCUAUAUAUGCUUAUGUAUGUACGCUUUGUGGAAGAAUAAUUAAUAAAAUGGAUAUGCUUAAUGUAGGUACCUUUGUAGAGGUACCUAUAGCUUUGAUCCUUAA